GGCAUUCUUGGGCACCUGAGUCCAUCCCCGUCCCAAGUCUUGCUUCCUGCAUACGCCGAGCGCCAUGUCGUCUGCCUCAGCCUCUGCUGCUUCGGGUGCGGCUGCCGUCAUCCCCCACCUCCCGCCUCUAGAUAAGAUGUUUCUUAUCGGGAUCUGGGUGGAGACGGUGCUCUAUGGCAUCAAUAUUUUGGUCUAUGGCAGUGCGAUAUACGUUCUGGUAGGGCGGAUUGGCGGAACGACGAAGUCGAGCUCCCACCUUUUGAUCUCAGUAUCUACGCUGGCAUUCAUGCUCUCUACGGCCUAUAUCGCCGUAACGCUUCGCCAACUACUCGAGGCAUUUAUUUACUCGCCGCCUGGCACCGCUACUCUGUAUUUCGCGAACGAGUCUUCUCGGCUUGCCCAGUCCAAGCUUGGCUUGUACACCGUCAACGUUUUCCUUCAAGAUCUCAUCCUUAUCUGGCGGCUGUGGACCCUAUUCGGACGAAGGUUCUACGUGGUUAUUCUACCGCUUAUCCUCGAGCUCGUGCGCUUGGCCGCUUCUAUCACGGCCAUGGUCAGAGGCGGGCAGCCUGGCGUCCCGAUUUUCGACCCUCUCAUCCACAAGAUGGGCAUCGUGGACUGGACCUUCGACUUGGCGCUCAACAUCGGCGUCACGCUCGCCAUCGCUGCGCGACUCUGGUACAUGGGCCGCACCGUCUCCGAUUAUGUGUCCUCUGGGACUGGUGUCGGAUCAAGGGGGAACAAGUACAACAAGGUCAUCUUCACCAUCAUCGAGUCCGGUGGUCUCUUCGCUACCGCGACCCUGGUCACCGUCAGCCUUUACCUCAGCGGGAACAUCGCGACAGUCGUCGCGAUUGACAGUAUUACGCAGCUUGCGACGAUCACCCCGCUGCUGAUCAUCGUCCGUGUUGGGCUGGGAUUGACGCACGGAUCGACAUUCGGCGGCCGCAGAGGAGAGUCCACUACGGCGCUGGGAACUGCCCAGUCGACGAUCCCUGGCGGUCCGAUGACCUUUGCCCCUCGCCAGGUGCAGAUUAGUGUGUCCAAGGUGCACGAUAGUGACACCAUGGUGGAUGAGUACCCGCUCUCGUCUAUGCAUUCCGGGGAUCUCAAGUACGGCGGUGCCGCGGUCUGAGACUGUCGACACUGCUCAUCGGGUCUCUUGUCCGUCUAUAGGAGGAGUACGGCUUAAAGCCGCCUUUGUACACCAUGUUGUAGGACGCAUCUUUGAUGUAUUAUUUAUUUAUCGUCGCUCAUUUGUGUACUGACAUGAUUUAUUACGUAAACAUGCUCCUUCAAGUGGUCGUAGCCAAAAGAACGUCUGAUUGCGUUAGGGACGUCUUCUGUUGAAUAUAUGGGGUUAAC